AACGGAUCACGUCACGGAAAAGUUGUAAAUGCAUGCGAGAACGUGAAGGAAGACGCGCCCGUGCGCAUCAAUGGCGGACACCCGAACCCUUCGAUUUACUCAAAAUGGCGGCCCUUCGAAUUUUCGCACGUACUGUGAUUUCCGCAAACAAAGAAUUGCAUAGAAUCAAUGUGACUAAUAUUCAUAGCAUUUUACCAAUUGUUCAGAUUAAUGAAAGAUGGAUAAGCUUUUUUAAACCACCUAAGUAUGAUCCUAAUACAAUAUACACUGAUUUUGAAAAAGUAGAAAAUCCUAAAGAAUGGCCAUAUGUAGAAUGGUAUUUAAAAUCUCAUUUUAUACCAAAACCUAAAAACGAAGAAAAUUUGCCCUCUGGAUGGGUACCACCAAAAGAAGGUGCAAAAAAACUUCCUUAUUUUGUUCAGAGAUCUAAGAAUUUCAUGUUACCUGUUUAUUUAGUUCGAAAGAAUCGAGGAUUAAGAAGAUUAACAAUUAUUAAAAAAAUCGAAGGUGAUAUUCUUCGUUUGGAAGCAGAAUUGAAACCACAUCUUGAAAAAUUAGCAGCAAAAGAGAUUGGAUGCCAAAUCAGUGAACCUGGAGGAGUGAUUAAAUUUCGUGGAGAUCAUGUCUCAAGAGUUAAAGAAUGGUUAAUAAGUAAAGGAUUUUAAUGUACAUUAUUUAUAUUUGUAAUAAAAUUGUUUAAUAAAUGAAUUUAAAAACCA